UCUUUCGCCCCUAUACCUAAAUUUGACGAUCGAUUUGCACGUCAGAAUCGCUACGAGCUUCCACCAGAGUUUCCCCUGGCUUCACCCUAUUCAGGCAUAGUUCACCAUCUUUCGGGUACCAACAUAUAUGCUCAUACUCAAAUCUUUCACCAACGGAGACUCCUUGGUCCGUGUUUCAAGACGGGUCGUAUCGCUCCAUUUCGCCAGAGUCCCGAACAGCAACAAGUUAAAGCUCGCAUCAAUCCACACACAAGCACACACGACGCAGACCAUACUAUCCGCACACGGCGCACACGGAGACACAAACCCACUCAAAAGCAUGUUGUAGGCACCUCA